GCACUUUUAAAAAGUGACUGGGGGGAGGUUGGCACAGCGAAUUGCUUGGUUUCAGAGUGAAGGAAGAUUGGAUUGCAAACUGAAGAUGGCAAAAGGAGAUACUGGUGUGCGAUGCUUUCAGGGCUUACUAAUUCUGGGAAAUGUUGUCCUAGGGUGUUGUGGCCUCGCACUCAUGGCUGAAUGUAUAUUCUUCGUGUCUGAUCAAAACUCUGUAUAUCCACUGCUGGAAGCUACGGACAAUGAUGAUAUCUAUGGUGCUGCCUGGAUUGGGAUUUUCACUGGUUUCUGUUUCUUUUGUCUAUCUGUUCUUGGUAUUGUUGGUGUCAUAAAGUCAAACAGGACAAUGCUAUUAGUGUACAUCAUCCUGAUGAUGAUUGUCUUUGCCUUUGAAGUGGCCUCAAGCAUCACAGCAACAGUGCAUCGGGAUUUCCUUACAAAUGAACUUUUCUUGAAGCAAAUGUUGGAAAAAUACCAGAAUCCAAACCCACUCAACAAUGAUGACAAAUGGAAGAGUGAAGGUAUUACCCGGACAUGGAAUCGUCUCAUGUUGCAGAAUGAAUGCUGUGGUGUGAAUGGGCCAAUCGACUGGCAAACAUAUACCUCCAUUUUUCGGACGGUGAACAAUGAUGCAGAUUUUCCCUGGCCACGACAGUGCUGUGUUAUGGAUCCCCUAGGAAAAGCAGUUAGCUUGGAUGGCUGCAAAUUAGGGAUCCCUGGCUAUUACCAUAACACAGGCUGCUUUGAAACUAUUACUGGCCCCAUGAACAGACAUGCCUGGGGUGUUGCCUGGUUUGGAUUUGCCAUUCUGUGCUGGACUACUUGGGUCCUUCUUUGUACGAUGUUCUACUGGAGCAGAAUUGAAUAUUAAAGAUGUAAUGGCCUCGCAA